GUCCAGGGUCACAUGCCUCCGCUCAUGAUCCCCAUUUUUCCACACGAUCAGCGCACUCUAGCAGCAGCCGCCGCCGCGCAGCAAGGCUUUCUCUUCCCCCCAGGAAUGUCUUAUAAACMAGGUGAUAACUACCCGGUGCAGUUCAUUCCAUCCACAAUGGCAGCUGCAGCAGCGUCGGGACUCAGCCCCCUCCAGCUUCAGCAACUGUAUGCCGCACAGCUCGCCAGCAUGCAGGUGUCUCCGGGAGCCAAGAUGCCUCCGCUACCCCAGCCCCUCAACGCAAGUGGGCCGAUUUCCCCCUCUUCUCUGAAGAACGACAAGAGUUCCUCGAGCCCCAUCACCCAAGUUAAGGAGGAGGGUACACAGCCUCUAAACCUAUCGGCUCGACCAAAAACGACAGACAUGGUCAAGUCUCCUACAUCCCCAACAUCAAACCUGUUUCCUGGCAGUAAAAACAGCCCCAGCAGUCUCAUCGGCAAAGGUGGAAUUCCAAGCCCACUUGGAGGAGGCCUUGGUCGGGGCUCAUCUCUCGACAUUUUGUCCAGCCUAAACUCCACUGCGUUGUUCGGGGACCAGGACACAGUGAUGAAGGCCAUCCAGGAGGCUCGGAAAAUGAGGGAGCAGAUCCAGAGGGAACAGUUGCAACAUCACCAGCAGGGCAUAGAUGCAAAGCUGUCUGCCCUCAGUUCAGUGGGCCUCAACAACUGCAGAGCUGACAAGGAGAGGAUGCAUUUUGACAACAUUGGGCACCAGCUCAGCAAACUGGGAGAGGAAGGAAAGCUCGGCCACAGAGUUAUUGACCUCACCAGGCCUGAGGAUUUAGAUGGUGGUGCUGGAUCCACCGAGGCGCGAGUCUUCAGGGAGUCGCGGGGACGCAACAACAACGAGCCCCACAUUAAAAGGCCGAUGAAUGCGUUCAUGGUGUGGGCCAAAGAUGAGCGGCGCAAGAUCCUGCAGGCUUUCCCUGAUAUGCACAACUCUAACAUAAGCAAGAUUUUAGGUUCGAGGUGGAAGUCUAUGUCUAACCAGGACAAGCAGCCGUACUACGAAGAGCAGGCUCGACUGAGUAAGCUCCAUUUAGAGAAGUACCCAAACUACAAGUACAAGCCGCGACCUAAAAGGACCUGCAUAAUCGACGGCAAAAAACUCCGAAUUGGAGAGUACAAGCAGAUGAUGCGUUCACGGCGACAAGAAAUGAGGCAGUUCUUCACUGUGGGCCAGCCACCGCAGAUUCCCAUCACCACCAGCGCCAGCAUGGUCUACCCCGGGGCCAUCACGAUGGCGACCACCACACCCUCACCUCAGAUGACGUCAGAGUGCUCGAGCGCGUCAGUGAGUCCUGAGCCGUCCAUUCCCGUCAUUCAGAGCACGUACAACAUGAAGCUAGAGCCCAGUAACAUGGUGAACAACAACGAGCCGGUCAACGGCGAGGACGAGAUGGACAUGUACGAAGAUUUUGAGGACGAGCCCAAAUCAGACUAUAGCAGUGAAAAUGACACACAAGAGCCAGUCAGCGCCAACUGAGACCUUUUUAACAGAGGAGGCUAAAAUCAAGCAGACAACACUCAUACAGGAGGACGCCCCGAAGGGAUGUUCAGGUCUGAGGGAGGAAAGAGCAAAA